AAGAUCAGUGGUGAUGGCGGCGUGUGCGCGCGAGCGAUUGCGCGUGGCAGGGGACGGAGCGGGCACGCGCGCGUGAAUGCUCGUCACCGUGGAGACUGGAGCGGCGCGGAGGCAGAGCCGGAGCCGGAGCCGGAGCCGGGCGGGUGUGGGCCUGACCAAAGAUACUUUGGGCCUGACAGCUGACAGACAGUAAACAAGAGGCCGUGGCGUCGGGCCCGCCCGCCGCCAUGUAAGUGGGGCUGCGGGGAGAUGAGCCGAGCCAUGGAGGGGACGGCCGCCGACCGGGCUCUGUGAGUGUGAGGCCUCCGGGCCCAGGCCGCCGCCAGCGUUCCGCACGGGGAGUAUGCGCCAUGGAGCCGAGUGCGGCCGACAACCCGGUGACUCUUGUGAUCAGAGCGCCCAACCAGAAGUACGAUGACCAGACGGUGCGCUGCUUCCUCGACUGGACCGUGGGACGCCUCAAGAACCACCUGGCGCGGGUGUACCCGAGUCGCCCGUCCUCCAAGGAUCAGAGGCUUGUCUAUUCUGGCAAGCUGCUCCCUGAUCACUUGCAGCUGAAGGACAUUUUCAGAAAGCAAGAUGAGUAUCACAUGGUUCAUCUGGUCUGCUCGUCAAGGACUCCUUCAGGGUCACCAAAACUCAACAACAGGAACAAUGGAAUGACAGCACCCAACAGUGGCACAACGAGUUCUGAAAAUUCAAGUACCACAACAGCCUCACCAUCUUCAAGCCAAGAAUCAAUGACUGGAUCCCCAGCCUCCAAUCCAACGGCUCUGAGGCAUCGUAGUUUUUCUCAGGUUCCUUUAAACCAUGCCCAGAGCCAAAGACACCCACAUGUGAUCCAAGGACAUGGAGGUGACCAGGUUCCAAUGCAACCAGCGAUUCCAGUUGGCUUUCCUGCAUAUCCUAUGUACAGUCCACAACACAUGCUCUGGUGGCAGCAGAUGUAUGCCCGACAGUACUACUUGCAGUACCAAGCGGCAGCCAGACUUUCAGGUCCAGCUGGUGUUCAGCCCCCAUCUCUGGGGGCCUCUGAGCCAGUGAACCCAGAGCCUCAUCAGCCAGAUGAUGCCCCAGCCGCCCCGAUUGCAGCAGCCCCCGAGAACAGGCCCUUGAACCAGAAUAUUCAGAUGAAUGCACAGGGGGGCCCGGUGCUAAAUGACGAGGACUUGAAUCGUGACUGGCUGGACUGGAUGUACACUGUCUCCCGGGCUGGCAUCCUCCUGAGCAUUGUCUACUUCUACUCCUCCUUCAGUCGAUUUGUCAUGGUGAUGGGAGCUAUUCUGCUUGUGUAUUUGCAUCAAGCUGGAUGGUUUCCAUUCAGGCAGGAUGCACCAAAUGGACGGCAAGCAAAUCAACCAGCAGACUUCAAUCAGGAAGCACAGGAGGAGAAUGCCCUUGAAGUUCAUGAAAUGGAACGGCUCAUGGAUGAAGGUCUGGAUGACGAAAGUUGGGAGAGUGGUGAAAGCGGUGACAGUGGGGACGAUACCACGGAGAGCACAGGAGGGGCAGAGCCCCCUGGUUUCAUGGCUUCCGCGUGGUCAUUCAUCACCACCUUCUUUACCUCCCUCAUACCAGAAGGACCUCCUCAAGUUGGCAACUAGGACAAGCAGUGGACUUUGUAACUUUUCUGCUCGCUACACUUAUAUAUUUAAGUGACAUUUACUGAAAGGAAACCCCAAACGCCUCAAGUGUGGGAGUGUGCCUAAUCCUUCAUUGCAUUGCCAUUGCUGCUGCAAUAUCCCAUGGGUUUAGUGUGUUUUGUCUUUCUCCUGAUCAUGCCAUCAAUUGAGUUUCACCUCCUUUGAUUACACCCAACUCUGGGAAGCACCAAAGAGAAAUCCAUUGGUACUUCCCUUGCUCUAGUUUUCAUUGCUGGACAUGAGGAAAAUCGAAAAGAAAUUGCCCACUUUUCUUGGUUGUGUUCUAACUGCCACCAGUCGUGAUUUUGGAGGAAUUGGUGGUGGAGGAUGCGAAGAGUUACCCAAGUGGAACUGGCCUUGCUGGUCCUCACUUGGAUAAGAAGGAAUCAGUUUGGUUCAAAUCACUAUCUUUUUUUUUCAGCUAACUCAUAAUGCUAUAUGUGCAAUCUGAAAUUGUUAACAGAUCAAUCACACAACUCAUUGCUUUCCUUAGCUUCCUCAUUUUUCAUUGAUUGGCAGCCUAAUACUCCAAUUGAAGCACAGUUUCCUGAAGCGGUGUUCUGGCUGUUGAAUGUUUAGUUCAGUUUACGAAGCCAAGCUGGUAAUGUGGAGUUGGUUUCAUUUGAUUUGUAUUUUGUGGGAGAGGUGAUUAAACCCAUGGAAUUUUUAACCUGAA